AUGAAGCAGAUGAUGACGCAGGAGAAGGAACCAGGCUUCACAGAGAUCACUGAUUCCAACCCAGACUGGCAGGCAGAACAGUAUGAUAUCAGGAAGUUUGAUCCCACACCGUACCUGCUGAAGUUUGUAGAGGAAGAGAAGAGCACUCUGUACUACUUCUUCAGCCAGAAUGUCAAGAAUCUUCUCCUUCAUAACCCCAAGAUUUUUAAAUCCUCAGGAAAGUUUGCUGGUGGAAUGCUGUUUAUCAAGUCCACACCUGCAAGUAGACCAGAGCUGGUUCUCUGGGGGGCUACUGCCAUCUUGCCAUUCAUUAACAAGUGGCUGAUCCCCGUGCCCAAGGCAGACCUCGUGUUGCUGCUACAGGACAAAGAGCUGCCCUUCAGCAAACUCUCAGACAAAACAAUGAAGGCCCUCGAAGCCCUGGGAGCCCAAGAUGGGACGGUGUAUUUCCACUGUGAGGCCAAGAGCAAAAAUGCUGACCCGCCAUGCAGCAUUCUGUUGCAGCGUGAGAAGUUCUCACUGUUUGUGAAGCCUUCAUUUGGAUUCUACAUAGACUCUGUUGAGAAUCACCUGCUAAGACUGUGUGGAAUCACUCCAGAUGAGGACAGUGAGGAUGAGAUGGACAUUGUGUAGAUGUCUCUGGUAUCCCUACACAUCACACACAACAAUCCUUACCAUUUCAGUAUGGUUUUGUAAUUGGAGAUUCAAACACUGUAGCUGUUCGACAGCAUUCAUUACCAUGAACACUUAAUUUGGACUGAAUAUUGAUUCAUAGUGCAUUUACUAGGAUAGAUUUUGUAGGAAAAAAAAGAAGACAUUGAUAAAAUUUCAGUUGAAAUUUUGUUGAUUUUUAACUUGUACUUAUAAUAAUGUUCUUUGUGGAUUAUAUAUUUUUUUUAACCCAAACAUUUACUGAUGCAGGUAAGCAUAUAGCUAUUGGCAUGUAUGUUCAUCCAUUCAUGCCACGUGUUAUAUUUAAAUAUGACAUGUUUUGUACAACAUCAAUAAUACCACCUUCAAAGCUUUGAUACUUGCAUAGAUGUUGUCUGGGAACACUGUCAACACACACUCAGCACCUGACUUGUCUUAAAUCACUAAUGCCCUCUACAAAAUCUUUGAUACACAACACACAAACAUCAUCUGACCUCAUUUUGACGUUAAAAAUUACCUACUUUUGGAUUCAGACUUAUUCAAAAAGUCAAAAUUAUUGGUCAAUUGUUCGUUCAACAUCAACACUACGUACCAAAAAGCUUUGUACUUCCGUAGAACACUCAGUACUCUCACAUCACCUGAUCUCAUUUUGACCUGGACAUUUUCCACUUUUGGACCUAGACUUUUUCAAAUAGACCAAGGAAUCAUUCAUGGACAAAGCUUUACCGGGCAGCAUCUGCGUUUAUUGAACUAAGCUCCUGUUUGUGUAAAACAACGUCUUUAUGUGCUCAUUUGAUUUCUGUCAAUAAACAGCAUGGCAAUGUC